AUGGAGGUCUUGGCGUCCCAGCCCGGCCUGGUGAACCAGAAACUCUCGUUAAAAAGUGCGAUCACUGACUCCACCAUCGCGGCCGUGAUCAGCAUGGCCCAAAUCGAUCUUGAGCACUCGUUACAAUUAGGCUCACCCACGGUGUUUACGCUUCAAGAGGCCGAAAAUGGAUACAAACCCCUAUCACGAUUCCCCAGCAUGUGCCUGCAGUCAGAUGACUCCAUCCUACCUCAAGCCCUCGGGCAAUACCCAGCCAGGGCACUGCCAGCCAACUAUCGAGAUCUGUUCGUCGAAGUGUUGUUUCUGGCAUCGUUGCUCAAUAGCGCGAUACUUGGCAAUGCGCCGAAAAUGGACGCUGUUGAGCUGUACCAGGAUAUUAUCUUUCUCGGCUACCCUCUGGUCAACCUUAGGCCACUAGGUCUAUCCGCGGGAUCUCGCGGCUUUAGAACAAGGAGCAGCCAUUUCAAGCCUAUGGAAGCAUCCUGUGUGGGUUUCAACGGCAACAUGCACGUUGCAGAAGACUCAAAGUUAUGA